GAUUCAUAAUGGCAAUGGCUCCAAAAAAGAAGUUUGACUUCUUCAACGGCGGACGGGGUGUAAACAUGAAAGACUCCUUCGCUGAGGGUUGCGAAGGAAGCCUCGGAGCCCCGCCCAGUAAAGAAAUGUUUGUGGACUACUAUUCCUUUGGAGACAGUAAUCGCUAUGCAAGUCCUGCAAUGUACGUCCCGCCGUGCAGUCCCCCGCCCCCACCGCACUUCAUCGCCGACUACACCCUGAAUCCCCCGGCGGGCAGCCAGAGUCCGACAACCUACUGCGACCAAGCCCCGCCGGAUUUCCAGAGCCCAAGUAGUUUGGCUGCACACAACCCAGGGGAGAUGGGUAAGCCGGGCGCCGUCAACGCUGAGGGAGUUUGUUGGGGAAACAGCACAGCCGAAGAAGAGGACACGAAGAAAAAGAAAAAAAGGCAACAGCGGUGCCGACUGUGUGCCAAUCACGGCAUAUAUGUGGAGGUGAAGGGACACAAGUGGUACUGCCCUUACAGAGACCAACACAACUGUGAGAAGUGUGAAAUCACGCGGAAGAGGCAAUACUAUAUGGCAGAGCAGCAGAAAUUAACGAGGGAGCAACAGCAACAACUUCAGGCCCAGCGAGGAGGGGGUGUGCCCAGUAGCCCUCCUAGCCUUGUCGCCAAGCUGCCCUCUGACAUUGCCAUUCCGCAAGGACCCAAUACCAAACCCCGUGACUUCCCUCGUUUAGACGAAUUGAUUCAGGAAACUGCCAACAUUAUUAAUGAAGAAUUGUUUGAAGAAAUAAACCAGGUCGUUCGGCCACGAACCCAUCAGUGACAUAUCCUGCUUCUAGGAUCAGAAAGUACAUUGUUUCAACCAAGGAAGCACAAUGUAAAGUUUGUUGGUCGAAGAGUAAUAAGUGAUAUCGUGAAAAAGCAUCGAAUAUGUUAAAAUUAUCUAUAAAGCUUACUGACAAUACCCGAUUAGACAAAAUAAAUUCUAGAAAAGUACUGUGAAUAAUGCGAAGCUUCGUUUUGACAUGAUAGUCUGUUGCUCAUCUUGCAUCGCAUACUGAAAGGGCAGCAUGUUUCAACCCUCUCAUCACCACUGUAACAUUAAACUUUCACUUUCCAUUCCUUCGGGAUAUUAACGGCGAGAAGCAAUGAUUAUUUUCAAUCUUUGUCCUUUAAAGGUUAAGCUUUGUCCCUUUGUAUGUGAUAUUACAAACAUGGGAACUUCUACAUCUUCAUAAUAUAGGGAUGGUGCUGCCUUAAUUGGUUUGGCAUGGUGGCUGAAAUACAGGGAUAAAGCGACUGACCUUUAGCUGUAAGGUACAUAAAUAUGUUACGAAACUGGCUGUGUUAUAUUGUGAGAAAAUGUUAUUAGAGUGAAAGAUGAAUAUGAAAGGGAUAAAUAAUUUAUCUACAAAUAUAGAAAUGACGUGGUGCCAGGGUAUAGAGGUCCGGUAUGCCGGCAGAUUUCGGAGAUUUAAAUGUAAUGCUACCUCAUUCCCUACUGUAGGAGAAAUUCGAAAGCACACCAAGGAUCCACAGCGCCAGAAGCUUCAGAUUCAUUUCAGCGCGAGCAAGUAACCAGGCUGUUUAUUAUUUCCACGGCAUUAAAUAGGUUGAUUUUACUAAUGUCUUCACUUAAAGUGGGUGUUAUUUUAUUUGCAAAAGUAUCUUGAAAAUGAGAAUGGAUAUUUAGUUUCUUUUUCUUCUUCUUUGCGGGGGGUUAUGUGCCAUUGUAAGUAAAGAUUUGUUCUUUCUUUUUUUUACUGUAACGGAAAACGGCGGUAGAAUAAAGACCGAUCUCGAGCUUAUUUUAGGCCAUGCGUAGUUGAAAUGUUUGAUAUAUUUAGUACUUAAAAUGAUAAAAUUUUGCGUGCAAAAUGUGUUGAUGCUUUACUCUUGUAAGUAACCAUAUCCCGAUGUUAUUCAAGACAAAUUAUCCCAUGCUCUGACACAGCACCUAGCACUGCUUUAUUGAGUCAUUAGCAUAUGUAGUAUGAUCAUAUCUAGUGCUUCGUAUGUGCAUUACGUCUGUGUUAAAUCGUUUCUGAAUAUUCAUGAUGUUGAUCUCGAUCUUUCAAGCUGUGAUGAUUAGUGCAUUUCUGUCUGGCCUUACUCUUUAUAAUACAGAUGCAAAUGCUUGAAAAUGGCUUCGUAGUCAUUAAGCAUCGCCCUGUUUUCAUCAGUUAGAUGUAGUGACGACGUUCUCUGUGAUACUUGUUCGUAGCAUCGUUUCCUUUUUGGGAACGUUGUCGUGGUGGAGACUGUGCUUGCUUGGGUGAUGCAGAUUAACAGUAGAGAAUGGGUGAUGCUUGAAUUAGUCCGUGCUUGCAUUUUGUGCAUGUUCCCGUUCGGUAUUAGAAUAGUGUUUGUUUCCAAGGCCAUCGAAGAGAUAUGCAGUAGGGAAUAAUGUUAUGUUUUAAG